AUGGCAUUCGAGCUAACGCCAUUGAUCUCUCGUUUCUCAGGAACUGUGUCUCUUCAUUGGACUUUUGCCGAUAAACCGAAAGAGUCUUUCCCAAUUCUUUGUCACGUUCUACCACAUUGCACGUACGAGCUGAUAUUAGGGAACUCUUUUCUGACAGCCACAAAGACUUUGACCGAAUUCUGCCAUCGUCUUACCAAAUGCCUCUUCAGAGCGGUCAACAACAUUCCGCACUUCAGCUUUCUGGGCGAAACAUGUCAACGACUGCAUGGAACCUUGGCCGACAACCUCUUAGUCCUUGCGAUACCUGACACAGGAGCGGAUAGGAAUGUUAUGAGCUUGCAAUAUGCCUUGGAAAAUGGCCUCGAAAUCCAAAGAGGGCCGAAGCACUGUGGCCCCCUCCAAUUCGCGGAUGGGAGUUAUGAUCUGACUGUAGGGCAAGUGAAAACCCACUGGACUUUCGCAAGUGGCGAAAGGAUCCCGGUAACCUUUGAGGUUCUAAAAUACUGCUGCUCAGACGUCAUCAUCGGAGAGGACAUCCUGACCGAGCAUAAUGUCUUUCAAAAACAUGAAGCAUCAAUUUUCCAGACUGCGGCCGUCGAAGAUGAUUGUUUCGAAUUGGCUCCUUUUGAUUUUGUGAAUUCUUGGCAGAAAGGUUGCGAGAAACUGAUGGUCAAGGCUGCGUGGAGGCGGACGAAAGAUGAUUCAUAUCAUCGCAAUGGAACACCAAGCGAGAAUGUUCACUUCGAAGAGCAGCACCGUCGUAACAUCUGGAAUCACAAGUACGCCUUCGGAACCAACGCGUCUUUGGGUGAAAGAGAACUAGAGCGAGCCCGUAGAGAACGCUACGAAUCUAUCCACAGCUCACGCCACCUCGAACCUAUGGACGACCAGACCUCCGGAUAUGGGAAUGGGACUCAGCAGCGGGAAGAGCGAAUGCCCGUGAUUCCCAGCAUUCCUACCUCACAAACUCCACGCUAG